AUGGACAUUGCAGACACCCCUGAACAACCUAUGAUAAAGUCCACGUUCAGAGUGUGGAAAUCAGCCACGGCGCCAAACGACGCAUCCAGAGAUAUUAUUGCGCUGACAAGAGAUAUUGCAGUGAGAACGGCGAUUAUGAAUCGCUCACGGGAGAUGGGGACCAUGCAAUGCAAGGGUCACGCUGUAGCUAUAUAUGCGGACAUUACGUUCUCGGUUCUGGUAGAGAUGAGGAAGCUGGCCCCGAUAGCUAGACGACUAAGAGACCACUCCAUGAAAUACUGCUGGGGAAUUGAUGGGUCCCUUUUGGUGGAUAAUGGAGAGGAGACCAUUAUGCUGACGUCUGAGAGACCCAGAACCUCUCCUGCAGGCACUGGGAUUGUCUGGCGACCUACGAGGAGCUACCACAGAGACAACAACCAGAAACUGGGACAGUGA